UCAAGAUAGUCCAUGUUCAAAUUUGUUUCUACCUCAUUUCCUGCUCCUUCUGUGUUCUUUACUCGGCGGUCUCAUUGUGGUAGCAGUCCAUUCAAACGCUGGAGCGGAAUCGAAAUGGCUGCCCAGGACGUCAGGCUCAACCAUACCAUCUACAUCAACAAUCUAAACGAGAAGAUUAAAAAAGAUGAGCUGAAGAAGUCUCUAUACGCCAUCUUCUCCCAGUUUGGGCAAAUUCUCGACAUCUUGGUCUCCCGGACCGUCAAACUGAGGGGUCAAGCUUUUGUUAUAUUCAAGGAAAUCAACAGUGCCUCCAAUGCUCUGCGAUCUAUGCAGGGUUUCCCUUUCUACGAUAAACCUAUGCGUAUCCAGUAUUCCAAACUGGACUCCGACAUCAUAGCUAAGAUGAAGGGAACGUAUGUGGAGCGGGACCGCAAGAAGGAGAAAAGAAAGCCCAAACCAGCCGAGGCUCCUGGAGGAAAGAAGGGCGUUGGUGCAGUUGCAGCUGCUGCUGCUGCUAUGGGCCCUGGUGUACCUGCUGCUAUGCCUGGUAUGCCACCCAUGAGCCAGGCGCCCAGAAUGAUGCCAAUGCCAGGACAGCCUCCUUAUAUGCCACCGCCUGGUAUGAUGCCUCCCCCUGGCAUGGGCCCUGGGCAGAUGCCCCCUGGUGCCAUGCCCCCUGGUCAGAUGAUGCCUGGACAGAUGCCAGGCCAGAUGCCCCAUGCCCAGGCAGUGUCCGAGAACCCUCCCAAUCAUAUCCUUUUCCUUACCAACCUUCCAGAAGAGACAAACGAGCUUAUGUUGUCUAUGCUCUUCAAUCAGUUUCCUGGAUUCAAAGAAGUGCGUCUGGUCCCAGGACGCCACGACAUCGCCUUUGUGGAGUUUGAUAACGAGGUGCAGGCGGGCGCAGCCCGAGAGGCCCUCCAGGGCUUCAAGAUCACACAGACCAAUGCAAUGAAGAUCUCCUUUGCCAAGAAAUAAUUCAUAGCACACACAAACAAUAACACAGAUUUUUUUCAAGAAAACUUUUCCAAACCAUAGUUUUUAAUUCGUUCACCUCAGCCUGUGCUCUACUACUACUCUACUACUCUUCAUCUAAGACUGAUCUAGUCUGCAAGGACACUUCUGUGGAACAGGUAAAAUGAAAUUCUUCUCAAAGUAAUACUGUGGGCAAAUCUGCUGCAGUCGUUUGGUGGAUAGAUUCAGCAGGCAACCACUGGUAUUGUCUAGGUAAUUAUAAAAGAAGCUGUCUGUCUGGCCUCGUCUCUAUCAUGGAGAACAGCAUCUAUGGUAUGAUUUGUAAGUACAGAUUUAUUUUAGGUUUUCGUACUUGAUUCUGUUUUGAUUCUACAAGCAUUGCACCCAGAGUCUGGUUCGCCCGACAUUGAACCUGGAGCUUUUCUGUUUUUUUUAAUUAAAAAUAUUUUGUGUUUUUACCAUG